CCUGCCCCUGACCUAUUUGCCGACAAGGCCUUUGCGCAUUCCACAUCGCAGCUGAGUGUAGACUGUAACGACCCACGGGAAGGAGCAAAUCUCGCAGCUGGAUUUGGCAGGCGGUCUCAUCAAAACUUCAAACCUCCAAGGAAAACGUCUCGCGCUCGACUUGCCCUCAGCGUUGCUCCAAGCCGACAACAUCAAUUUGCGAAUCCUGCGCGUGCGAAUCUCGUUUAAUCAAGACGGUGCCCCUUUUCGUCGCCCGACUUUGACCUCAAUUUUGUGAUUUUGCUGGGCAUUGAUACUGAUAUCUGUCACCUGAUUGAACCCACUCUCGAAAUCAGCCCGACUCACUCAGAUUUGCGCCGCGCUGAAAUUUUAUCUCGCUCUCUAAAGUCUUCCCACCCACCACCACCUCUCUCUGACGAAGCCGCAACUCAUUCUUCCAUCGCGUACUCUUAUCUUCGCACGCGACAGCCAAAAUGGCCGAACCACCUCGUGAUAUCUCCUCUAUCCUUGCCGCCCUAGGCGCCGCACAAAGAGGCACAUCUUCAACACCCGUCCAAGGCCAGCCCGGCAUGCCUCCUGGAUACCCUCCUCCCCCCGGCGCCCAAGCGCCCCCUUCAUACCCCCCAAUGCCCCCGCAGAGCGCUCCUCCCUAUGGUGCCGCCUACCCGGGUCUGCCUCAGCCUUCGGCCAGCGGCAGCUUGGAUCUCAGCUCCAUUCGCCCUGUCAACUCUGGCACCGUCAGCAUCGCCGACGCCAUCGCUCAAGCCAAGGCCUUUGCUGCGGAAAAGGGCGUCACCUCGUAUGAUCGACCCAUUGUCUAUUCCAACGAGUCUCCCCGCGGCCCGGACUCUCGCGGCUACAGCAGGACCUCCCGCUCGCGUUCGCCUUCCAGCCGUCGCGACCAGUUCCGCGACAACUUCAACCCCUACAGAGACGAGCGUCGAGGAGAUGAACGUCCUGCUCCGCGAGACUACGGCCACGGUCGCGAGCGUUCCUACAGCCCCAAUCCCCGCGGCAACACCUUCUCUCCUCGCAACCCCAGCGGUAGAGAGCGAUCACCUCUCAGAGGUAGCGGCGGCAGCGGCGGCGGCGGCGGCGGCGAUGACAAUGCCGAAACCAUUCAGAUCGAGUCGAGCCUUGUUGGCCUCAUCAUCGGCCGUCAGGGCGAGAACCUCCGUCGGAUCGAGUCAGAGUCCACCUGCCGGGUCCAGUUCCUUCCUUCCAGCGAUAACGGCCCCUUCCGCCAAUGCAAGAUCACCGGUCCCAGAGCACGACGCACCGAAGUCAAGGAGGCCAUCAACCGUAUCAUCGAUGACAGCGGCAUGGGGGCCAUCAACCGUGGCGCAGCCAAUCCCAAGGGUCCCGCUUCCCGUGACCAUCGCGCUGGACCCCCUGGUGCGGCAGCAGGAGCGGCAGCUCUGCGGGACGGCGAGGAUUGCAUGCAAAUCAUGGUCCCCGAUAGAACCGUGGGCCUGAUUAUCGGACGUGGAGGCGAGACCAUUCGGGAUCUGCAAGAGCGCUCUGGCUGCCACAUCAACAUUGUGGGAGAAUCCAAGAGCGUGAAUGGGCUUCGUCCUGUUAACUUGAUCGGCUCUCGCGAAUCCGCUGCUCAGGCCAAGGAUCUCAUCAUGGAAAUCGUUGAAAGCGACAGCCGAAACGACGGCCAGCCCGUCGCCCCCUCGAAGAAGCCACCGAGGCAGGACGGCGGCCACCAGAGAGACUCCGGUCCUGGAGGCGGCCCCGACAAGAUUCACGAUGCCAUCUACGUUCCCUCCGAGGCCGUUGGCAUGAUCAUCGGAAAGGGAGGCGAGACCAUCAGAGACAUGCAAAACGGCACCGGAUGCAAGAUCAACGUUGCACAGUCUUCCGGACCAGGCGAGGUUCAGCGCGAAAUUGCUCUCAUUGGUUCCCGUGAUAGCAUUACCCGUGCCAAGCAGGCGAUCGAGGAGAAGGUUGACGCAGUGCGCCAGAAGAACUCUGGAGGUGGUGGUGGCGGCGGCGGCGGCGGCGGUGGUCGCGGUCGCCAGAACCAGGACUAUGACAGGAGCUACUCUCAACAGGCAUCUAACCCACCAGCAUCAGGAUCGACUAAUCAGCCAGCUGCCCAAGCUCCCGUUGGAGCCGACGGCGCCGACCCGUACGCGCAGUACGGAGGAUACCAAAACUAUCUCGCCCUCUGGUACCAGUCCCUUGUAUAUCAACAGCAACAAGGCGGUACAGCCGGCCAGCCCGGUACUCAGCCUCCACCGGGCUCCUCGUAG